CUUCGCCGGAAUUUCCUCUCCUUCUCGCCUCCUUCUGCUCUUUUUUUUUUUUUUUUCUUCCUUCGUUUCUCUUCGCCACCACAGCCAAACCCUAGGAUCCAAAUUAGCGAAUUUUUCCUUCGGUUUCUUUCCUCCCUAAUAAACACCCCUGGAAGGCCACCGCCUCUCCCCCUCUACCCCUUUCUCCAGCUUUUCAUUCGUUUGGGUUUUCGUUAUGCGAUCAUUUUGAUUAGCAUUUUGUAAUUUUGUGCUGAUUUGGGGAUGGGGACGGUGACGUCAACGAUGGCGGCGAAAUUCGCGUUCUUCCCGCCGACUCCGCCGUGUUACCAGGUGGCGAUGGAUGAGGCCAGUGGGAAGCUGAUGAUGAUGGAGAUGGGGACCAGAGAAAAUGUCGACAUUUUGAAGCUGGAUACCAAGAGAGGGAAUCGGGUGGUGGCGGUGUAUUUUAAGAAUCCUGCGGCUUCCCUAACUCUGCUUUACUCCCAUGGCAACGCGGCCGAUCUGGGGCAGAUGUUUGAUUUGUUUAAUGAGCUCAGCUUGCAUCUUCGGGUCAACUUGAUGGGGUAUGAUUAUAGUGGGUAUGGACAGUCCAGUGGAAAGCCAAGUGAGCAGAAUACUUAUGCUGACAUAGAAGCUGCAUAUAGGUGCCUGGAAGAAAGAUAUGGGGUGAAGGAAGAAGAUGUCAUCCUAUAUGGACAAUCAGUUGGAAGUGGACCUACUCUAGACUUAGCAGCUCGAUUGAUGAACUUGAGGGCUGUGAUUCUACAUAGCCCAAUUGCAUCUGGCUUUCGUGUAAUGUAUCCUGUGAAGCGAACAUAUUGGUUUGAUAUAUACAAGAAUAUUGAUAAGAUGCCAAUGGUCAACUGUCCAGUACUGGUAAUCCAUGGAACUGCUGAUGAUGUUGUAGAUUGGUCCCAUGGUAAGCAGCUUUGGGACCUUUGUAAAGAGAAAUACGAACCAUUAUGGGUGAAGGGAGGCAAUCAUUGUGACUUGGAGCUUUACCCACAAUACAUCAAACACCUCAAGAAGUUUGUAUCAGCCGUUGAAAAAUCACCACAACUUAGAAAUGGACCUGGGCCUGUUGCAGAUCAAAUGGAGACUCCUCGGAAGAGCACAGACUGUAGAGAGACUUAUACACCAAACAUGGAUCAAAAAGAGAAGUUUACACUGAAUACUGAGCAAAGAGAAAAGCCCAGGGUAAGCACAGACUGUAGAGAGAAACCAAGAGCAAGCAUAGAUAGGAGAGAGAAAUCAAGGAAGAGUAUAGACUGUCCUGAGAAAGAGAAUCAUAUCUCAGAUCAGCCUGAGAAAGCAAGGAACAGCAUUGAUCGCUUUGGAGACAUGAUAAGAUCAGUACAAUUAUGCAAUAUUGCUUGUUUCAAACCUGCCACAAAAGCUCUCUGAAGAAAACGAAGAGUAAAUCAAAGGAUUCACUGAUUCAGGAACUGAUCUCGGCAGAUUCAAUAUGCAAAAUCUCGAAAAGCUUCCAGUUAUUUAUUUAUUUAUUUAUUUUAUUGAGAUGGGACGGUGGAUGCAGGAGGUUGAACCCCAAACAUUUGACCUCAUUAUGCAGCUUCUCUUUUUAACAUAUUCUGAAAGGAAUUUUUGUUAGACUUGUCAUUCUCCAGCCGUCCUGUUCUUCCCUACUCUCUAGGCAACCUUUUCUCUGUGGAGUGAUAUUCACUAGUUGAUGUGAAGUGAAAAUGUGUCAAGUCUACAGAAGGAGCGGUUCAAGUUGCUGAGAAGCAAGGCUCCAUGGCACCGUGUAGCUAAAAUGCCCUUAGGCUUUUCUCGAGGUUAACAGGACGAUUUGCUUUGACCAUUCCUGCAUGAAUUGCGCCUUUGUAAUUGAUAUUUUAUCCUCCUCUGCUUUCUGUCGCACAUACUCGUAAGAAUUAAAUUUGAUCAUACAGAUUCACGGUGUUGAUUAAAUUGUGAUUGGUCUCUCAAUUCUUGUACAUUUCAUUAUAAAAAAUAAAAAGGGUUUGUCAUGAGGCGACUAGCUCAAUUGUUUGA